CACAGUUGUAUUUCUUCACGUGAUAGUUUUGAGAGAAUUGUUCUAACCACAUUGUUACAAUUGCAGAUUUCACCUAAUUUACGCAUGUAUGUUGAAUUGGAACUUAUUAAGGGUGUUGUAAGCAAGGGUCAAUUUAGGUUAUCCUGCGCAAACUCAGUGACAGGAAGAAGCACUUGAUCGCCUUGCACGCUGGGAGUAAGCUGAAAUCAGUCAUGGCGUCCCGUGUCCUAGCGCAGUGUGUCCGCUCGCUUACCCGGCCUUCGGCGAGGCUUUCAUCGGGUGGUGUUGCUGUGAGAGUGAUUGCUGCCCCGGUCCUCGCGAACCACCGACCAUACUCUUUUGUUUCCAACUGCCAGCGAACGCGGUGGAUUGAACAGACACGGAUCUCGAGCAAUGUGGGCGUAUUGUGCCGACAGUAUGGGGACCUUCCCCCUCUCACCCUGGAGACCAUCAAAGACAGGGUCAUGUACGUCCUAAAACUGUAUGACAAGAUCAACCCCGAGAAGCUCCAGGCAUCAUCCCACUUCAUGAAGGACCUGGGGCUGGACAGCUUGGACCAGGUAGAGAUCAUCAUGGCCAUGGAGGAUGAGUUUGGAUUUGAAAUCCCUGAUGCAGAGGCUGAGAAGCUGAUGUCACCAGAGGACAUUGUACAUUACAUUGCAGAAAAGAAGGAUGUUUAUGAAUAGUAUAAAACAAAUCACUGACGAUCGAGGUGACCCAACAUGACCUCACAGGAAGUAGUUGUGAUGCAGAUGGGCAGCAAAUGUUCCACUUCCUCAGCUAGUUCUCUCUCUCUUUGUGGCAUCAGUGUCAGCUGCCUUGUCCUGUGUUAGUGUGUAUUUAAUAAAAUGUCAUUAUUUGGGGGGAAAAGUGUCUCAUAGCGCCAUCUUGUGGCUGAGUAUAUUUUCUCAUUUAAGAACCCAUAAACAGUCCAGUAAAGUGUACAGUGCAAUUUAAUGUCAGAUAUCACAUAUAGGUCCAGUUCAAUUUAAGGUAUCCAGAAUAUGUACAGGGCAGGUCUGAUAAGUAAAUACUAAAUGUGACAAUGUAAAUACUUUUGCAUGUACACUGCAUCCAUAAUGGUAGAUGGGUACAAUAAACCUGCAAGAAGGCUACAAUGUCAUCCACUUCUCAAUCCUCAACCUGCAGUCAUAGGGUUCAAUCCCACAGAGGUGCAUUAAUACAGGUGUUGUUGCAUCAAUAGUGCUUCCUCACUCACACCCGGGUUCUCACACUGCUGCUCUUCUGAACACAACGACCACCUCUAAACACAGCUUAGGUGUGUCCAACUUCAUGCAGCAGCCUUGAAGCUGUGAAUGCCAUUGGCUGCUGAGAAUGCCAUUGGCUGCUCCAAGUCAGCCGGGCUGCAGGCGGCUGCAUGAAGUCCAACACUCUUAACUUGCUCUACCACUGAAAAGCUUCAGGGAGGUGGAUGGUAUUUAUACUGAGGAGUGAGUAAAACCAGUUACUCUGUUGUCACCUUACUGGAAUAAUACUGGCAUACAUUUACAUUGACUGCCUUAUCACUUAUUGGUUGGAUAUCAACCAUGUUGAACAUGUGCAGCUUGCAGCAAGUAGAACAUACAGAGGCUCCAGGCAAGACGGGUGGAUCACUGUUAGUCUUUUAUUGAGGGUUGUACCCAAGUUAUACAGCUUUGUAAUCCGACAACAGGGUCAGAAGGUUACAAACAGUUAUCAGUCUACAAGUACAACUAACAGAGGACCUACAAACUACUAGUCUACACCUCAUUACAGAUUCUUUUAAGAGCACUAAAAUCAAGAAAAAAAAACAAAAACCAAGCAACAAAGUGGGGAAAAGGAUCAAAUAAAAAACAAAAUGACAGCAUCAGAGGAGACAUUCAUUAGAAUACACUGGAGUUGGUUUCUACCUUGUAUCAGGCGACUUCGAUUUCUCAAUUAUACCCAUACUAAUAAGGAUUGUCCUUCAAAAAGUGCAGUUCCCCAAAGAUAAAAUCCUAAAAUGACCCCAGGAAGACAAUGAAAAGUACUUCCUGUUCAUUUAAGUUGGUACGUAAUUAGACAUUGUUUACAUUUUCUAUACAUACUUUUUAAACAGUCUCCCAGAAGCAAUGUGCAUAUAGGUUACAAGUGAGCAAUCUACUCAUCCUUCCUCUUGUCUGAUAGAAUCUCUAUACAAAAAGUUGUAGUUGAAAAUUUGCAGAUUCACUAGUCCCUUCUGUAAUCAUUCAGAGGGAUGCUGUGAGAAGGACAUUGCAAAUCCUAAUGCGCUUUCUGCUACAACUGGCCGAUGACUUCUAGGUAAUAAAGGUUUAUUAGUUUCAACAAUGGCACAACACGGGUUUCAGAGCUGACUGGGAUCCUGUCUCGCCUGUGGUCUAUUUGGGAUAAGGGAAAGCAAACCCACAUGGACAUGGAAGCCUGGAUUUGAACUCCACUGCAUAGUCUCUCUGAGGCCCAUCCCAAACCCUCCCCCCCUCCCUGACCCUCAAUCCCCCCACCCCUUACCCCGAGUCUUUGUGCUGGUUAGACUAAAGCUUUUCAGGGUUUGUGUAUACUAAAUGUAAAAUGACAAAGACAGCAUAAACUCACAGUUUUUGUAAAGUCAAAUUGCCUUAGCGCAUUGUUGGACAGUAGGAACCAUUAUUUAAUAGACAUGGGUGUAUAUAGAUAUAGUAUAUGCUCACAGGAUAGCAAGUCA